AUGGCUGGCGGUGGUGUUAUCUCCGCAGCCGCGGAUACCUCGCGUGUCGAGGCGCCGGUCACCUUCAAGGCGUACCUGAUGUGUGCCUUUGCCGCCUUUGGUGGUAUCUUCUUCGGAUACGACUCUGGUUACAUCAGCGGUGUCUUGGGAAUGAAGGCAUUCAUCAUGCAAUACGAGAAUCUUGAUCCCUUGACCACCCCCGCAAAGAAAUUCGUUAUCCCUGCCUCCCGCAAGUCGCUCAUCGUCUCUAUCUUGUCUGCUGGAACUUUCUUUGGUGCUUUGAUUGCCGGUGACUUGGCUGAUUGGUACGGUCGUCGCACCACAAUUAUCUCGGGCUGUGGAAUUUUCAUCAUUGGUGUCGUUCUACAGACUGCUGCUAGCAGUCUGGGACUUAUGGUUGCUGGUCGUUUAAUCGCUGGAUUCGGUAUCGGUUUCGUGUCCGCUGUCAUCGUUCUUUACAUGUCCGAGAUUGCACCCCGCAAGGUUCGCGGUGCCAUUGUCUCUGGAUACCAGUUCUGUAUCACCAUCGGAUUGAUGCUGGCUUCUUGUGUCGACUACGCUACCCAAGAUCGCAUGGACUCUGGUGCUUACCGCAUCCCCAUUGCCCUCCAAAUGCUCUGGGCCGUGAUCCUUGCCAUCGGUCUUUUCGUCCUUCCCGAGUCCCCUCGCUUCUACAUCCGCAAGGGUGAGAAUGAGAAGGCUCGCGCAGUUCUGGCCCGUAUCCGUGGUCAACCCGCCGACUCUGAGUUUGUUGAGCUUGAGCUCAAUGAGAUCGACGCCAACAACCAGUACGAGCUCCUUGCUAUUCCCCAGGGCGGAUACUUCACUAGCUGGCUCAACUGCUUCACCGGCAGUCUCUGGCACCCCAACAGCAACCUGCGUCGCACUAUUCUCGGUACCUCCCUCCAAAUGAUGCAACAAUGGACCGGUGUCAACUUCAUCUUCUACUUCGGAACCACUUUCUUCACCCAGCUGGGCACAAUUCAGAACCCAUUCUUGUUGAGCAUGAUCACCACCAUCGUCAACGUGCUGUCUACCCCCAUCUCCUUCUACGCCAUUGAGAAGCUCGGUCGUCGUCCCCUUCUCCUUUGGGGUGCCCUCGGUAUGGUCAUUUGCCAGUUCAUCGUCGCCAUCAUCGGUGUGACCGACGGUGACAACCCCAAGGCUAUCAGUGCCAUGAUCGCAUUCAUCUGCAUUUACAUCUUCUUCUUCGCCAGCACCUGGGGUCCCGGUGCCUGGGUUGUGAUCGGUGAAAUCUUCCCUCUGCCCAUCCGUGCCCGUGGUGUCGGUCUCUCCACAGCCUCUAACUGGCUCUGGAACUGUAUCAUCGCCGUCAUCACUCCCUACAUGGUCGACGAAGAUAAGGGUAACCUGAGUUCCAAGGUCUUCUUCAUCUGGGGCUCUCUCUGCACCUGUGCCUUCGUCUACACCUACUUCCUGAUUCCCGAGACCAAGGGUCUUACUCUUGAGCAGGUCGACAAGAUGAUGGAAGAGACUACUCCUCGCACUUCCUCCAAGUGGAAGCCUCACUCUACCUUCGCCGCUGAAAUCGGUAUGAUUGAUGAGAAGGCUGCUGUCGGAGCCACUGUUACUCAACAGGAGGUUUAA